CAUCAACCAAUCACAAGCCAUCACCAGCGCCUCUCACUUCCGGGUGUCUUCGAUGGCGAAAUCCGUUCACAUUUGACGAUAUUGUGUACUUUAACGCCUUUUAACGCUAAUUUUUCCUAUUAAAAAAUGAAUAGAAUUUUCGGACGCGGUAAACCAAAAGCACCUCCCCCGAAUCUUUCUGACUGUAUCGGCAAUGUUGACGCAAGGGCCGAGUCCAUCGAGAAAAAGAUCAGCAGAUUGGACGCUGAGCUCUUCAAGUAUAAGGAGCAGAUGAAGAAGAUGAGGGACGGGCCCUCGAAGAAUAUGGUGAAACAGAAGGCCAUGCGAGUGUUGAAGCAGAAGAGGAUGUACGAGGGUCAACGGGAGCAGCUGGCUCAGCAGUCUUUCAACAUGGAGCAGGCCAACUACACCAUCCAGACGCUGAAGGACACCAAGUCGACGGUGGAUGCCAUGAAAAUGGGCGCCAAGGAGAUGAAAAAGGCUUACAAGGAUGUCAAACUGGACCAGAUAGACGACCUGCAGGACCAAUUAGAGGACAUGAUGGAGGAUGCCAGCGAAGUUCAGGAGGCCCUCAGUCGCAGCUACGGCACUCCUGAUAUCGACGAGGAGGAUUUGGAAGCGGAGUUGGACGCGCUGGGUGACGAGCUGCUGCUGGACGACGACAGCUCUUACCUGGACGAGGCGUCCGCCGCGCCCUCCAUCCCCGAUAGCCUGCCCGGAGACAGCAAGACAAACAAGGAUGGCGUCUUGGUGGAUGAGUUUGGCCUGCCGCAGAUUCCUGCCACUUAAAAGCAUGCAUAAGCUGCACUUUGACUGAAAACACUUUUUUUUUUUUUUUCCAUUUACUGUAGAAUAACACAAUACAUGAGAUUGGUGACUGCAAUAUAGUGAAGCGCUCCUUGUAUUUGGGUUGCAAUGCGCUAGCCGUGUAAACCCUGUAACAUAUUCCUUUUUAUUUCAUUCAGGAACAUCAUUUCACAUCUUGUUUGGCGUUAUUAGUCAAUGAGUGUACUGAUUUCUUGGUAUUGCUGUGGUGAUUUGUGUGUGGAAAUGAGUGUCUGGAGAUUUAAUAUUUGAAUUAAAUUCUGAUUUAUUGAU